AUGAGUGUUAGUAUUGAUCCUCUUCACAAAAUCUCUCCAUGGAAGGAAACUUGGAGUAUUGAAGCUAAGAUCUUGACCAUUUGGGAAGAUACUUUCAUUGUUAAUGAAAAUAUGCAGAAACUUUUACAUGUAAUCUUGAUGGAUAAGCAGCACAAUAAGGUCCAAGCAACUGUUGAGGAUGAUUUGAUCACAACUUUUGUUCAUCAGUUAAAAGAAGGACAUGUGUGCAUUAUUUCCAACUUCAAAGUGAUACCUAAUGGUGGAUUGGUUAGGGUUACAAGACAUCGAUUCCGGAUCCUUUUCAAGUGUAGUACUUCUGUUGUUGCAGCUCCGAAUAAAGUCAUACCUAAUCCUGGUUUAAGUUUAACCUCCAUGGACGAGAUUCUUCAAAAGCGCACUGGUUAUGAGUACUUAAUAGAUUUUGUUGGAAUGCUGUGCGGAUUGAAGAGAAAAAUGGAUGUUGAGUGUAAUGGAAAGAUAUUGAAAGUUAUUGUGCUUGUGGUUUUUGCUGAUGGGAAGAAAAUACCCUGCAGUCUUGUUGGUGACUCUUCUACUCUUAUAGACAUCAGUAGUUUGCAAAAGUAUCAGAGACCACCAGUUCUUAUUUUGCAAUCUUUCAAGAUCAAAAUCAUUGGAGAUAAAGUUAGCCUCCAAAAUGUGAUCAAUGUUUCUCGGGUUUCAAUUAACCCUGAUAUGCAGGAAACUGUGAAUUUUCUCAAUCAAUACCAUAUCGCAAGUCACCAUUUCAGUAGACUACGUAGUAAUGAGAUUGGGGAUUUGGUAUCUGUAAUUGAUGAUGAAUCUUUUGACUGGAAACUAAUACGGACUAUUGCUAAUCUCAAGGGAAACAAUGAGGAUGGACAAUUCUUUGUGGUUGGAAAAAUUAGAGAGAUUGUUGAAGAUCCAGAGUGUUAUAGGAUUAAGAUACUUGUUGAAGAUGGGACUUCUUGUGGAAUGUUUGUCUUGUUAGACAGUGCAGCCACUAAGCUAUUAGGGAGAACCUGUUCUGAUGUGUUUUUGUUGUUAGAAGAUGAACAGGAGAAAAUUGAGCACCAAUACUGUCCACAAUUUUUUCAUCAACUCAUUGGGAAAGAGAUUGUUUUCAAAGUUCAAUCAAAGAGGAUUAACACUCGCGGUUAUUGCGGUACCUUUAAAAUCAUCAAUGUGAUUACUGAUGCAUCUUUCUUCAACAAACUUGAGUCUGAUCAGUGCAUCAAUGAUAUUAGUUCUGAUUCGGCCUUUAGCCCAAUAGUUGAAGACUUCUGCCAGUGUGGACAGCUUAGAAGUUAUGACAACCAACUCAUAUCUGGUGUUCCAAUACAACUGCAUAUCAUUAAAGAGAUGCUUGCUGACAUUCUUUGUGCUAAAAUAUAUUCUUCUGCAUCAAAAAAUGAUCAGAUUUGUAUUUUGAUCAGUGAAAUUAUUGAUGUGCCGAAACAUCAGAAGUGGUGGUACUAUUGCUGUUUGUGUAAUGCACCUGUUUCUCAUGUUGGAAAUUUAUUUUAUUGUUAUCUGUGUAAAGUUGAGUGUUUUGAUGUCAUAAGAAGGUAUCGCAUCAAAAUUAUUGUUUCCCAUUCAAAUGGGAGCAAUAUUUUCAUACUUGAGGAUGAUGAGGUGAUGCAAAUACUGAAAAAGAGUUGCUUAGAUUUUUUGAUGGACCAAGGAAAUUCGUCCCAAUCAACGGAUGAUUACACUAUUCCGAAUAUCAUGAUUUCUCAGUUGAUGAACAAGAAAAUUGUCUUCAUAGUGGAUCCUAGACCUAUUGGAUAUGAUUUGAAUAAAUCUCUUCAUGUUGUUCGUGCAAUAUGUGAUGAUGUUGAUAUUGUGAGCUUUUUGGAGGACUCCAUCCAUGAUAAUCAACAGCAGGUGUGUUACUGA